AUGGAUGAGUUGAGCUUGAUCGCGCAAGGAACCGUAACGAUGCCCGAACACCGUAUGCUUGCUCUGCUGGCCCACCCCGACGACGAGGCGUUUCCCAUGGGAGGCGCCAUCGCCAUGCACACCGCCCGCGGCGUAACCACCCGGCUGAUCACCGCCACCUCCGGAGAGUUGGGAGAGAUACGGCAGCCGGGCUCGGCCACCCGCGAAACCAUCGGGGAAGUACGCCGCGCCGAGCUUGAAAAGGCCAUAGUCGAGCUGGGUAUCGAAUCCCACGCCGUCCUCGGAUACCGGGAUUCGGGCAUGGCUGGCUGGGAUGACAACCACCAUCCCAAAGCGUUCAUGCAGGCCGACGAACACGAGGUUGUUGCCCGGUUGGUAUUUGAAAUCCGACGGUUCCGGCCCCAGGUAAUACUGACCUUCGAACCCGGCGGUCUCUACGGCCAUCCGGAUCAUAUUGCCAUCUGUAACCACGCCACCGAGGCAUUCCGCCUGGCAGCCGACACGUCGGCGUUCCCGCAUCACAUGGCAAUCGGAAUACAACCGCACCAAACCGACCGGCUGUUUUAUAGCGGACGUCCGAAGGGAUUCAGAGUUCACAUGGCCGAAACGCUGCGGGCCGCGGGAGUGGACUUCCCGAUGCCGCCCCCUGACCGCGUCGACGACGGCUGUGAUCCAAACGACAUCCACGUAACUAUGGAUGUCUCAGACGGUUUGGACGCCAAGAUGGCGUGCAUCAAGCGGCACUUCACCCAGUUGCAACCCGACUGGCCUUACGAGCACGUUCCGCGAGACGUGGCCGCCGCCGCCAUCGGCAUCGAGCACUUCAUUCGCGCCUGGCCCCCCGUCGAACCCGGCGAAUCGGUUCCCGCCGAUUUCUUCGCCGGUCUAUAA